UCUCAGAUUCAUCUGGGAAUCGCCAAGGUUUUAUGAGAAUCCCUCACCUUUCGGCGAAAUUCGCCGUUUUGAAACCAAAAUAGGUGACUUACGUGAAUCGUGUAGAUCCGAAGAGUUUUUGUUGGCCGGCCGGCGUUUAUGAGAUUGGAGUGGGACACGGAGAAAAUGUGGAGUGGGUGCUCUUCGCAAUAAAACAUCUUUGAUGGGACGUGUCGCGUCUCGGCCAAUCAGCGUCAAGAUGUCUUCAGCGUUUGGUGGUUUAGGUUAGCUUGAAUGUUAGCCGCUACUUCUGCUGCUGUCGCGCUGCACGGUGGAGCGAUACUAACAAAGUACCCGUACGUUAAGAGCGAUGUGAUUUAGCAUAUUUUUAGUCUCAAUACUUCAUUAAAAGAGCGAUCAGAGCGCACGCGCUGCUCCGUGUUAAGUUGUUUGCACGCGCAGCGCGGCGCUCACAGCGAAUGCCGUUAAGUGGCGGAAUUUUCGGCUUUAAAAAUACAAAUAAAAAAAGAUGCCAGAAGUGAAAUGUUUAAGUUCAGUCUGUAAAGUUCUGUAACUCUCCAGCUGCUCAUCCUGAUGAACUCUGUAUCCUCUGGUCAGAGACUAACGGCCUCAUAGUGUAUCAUCAUUGGUCAAUGCUAUGAUGGCUCCAUGUAGUUUCAUUAAUAUCUGGCUGUAUUAAUACUAAUAUUACUGCCAUUUGUUAAGUGUUGAAAAAGUUGGUAAAAAGUGAACCAUACAGAUAUUUUAUUUAUUACUAUUAUAGAUAAAUAUACCAGUAUCGUAUUUAUGGUAUACUGUUUUUAUGGUAUUGUAUCAUGAUAUUUAUGGCAGGUAUGGUACACAGGAAAAAGGGGAGAGUAAUUUUUCCAGAGUUAACAUUAUUUUCCUCUGAAAGUCAUUUUUAUUCAUUUCGGAUUAUAAUUAUUUCCGAUGACCACAAGAAUGGGAGUAAAAAAACAGAGUAAACCUUAUUGGAGUAAUAUUAAGAACACGCCCACUAAUGUUUGUUAAGUUUAGUUUCUGCCGCCAUUUUCUAGUCCCGCAGUGCAAGGUGAGGUGAGUGGCAGUGAGACGGCGGUGAGCCAGCUUCCAAGAAGUUCAGCAUCCCAACCUUGGACUAAAGUCUUUGAUGACACAAAGACUGAGGUUGAUGAGGAGGUCUUUGAUUUCCUCGUGAAAAAACAAAACCUAGGUGUGCUCGAGAAGGUCCAAAUUCAGAUGAUUGCCUGAGUGCCCCUGAAAGCAGCUCCUUUACCAGCUCCAGUGGGGAUAUUGAUGGGGACUCUGAUGACACCGUAAUAUUGCAGUGCAGUCCUGCCACAAGACGGAGAGCUGAAAACACCUCUCUUGCCAAAAUGAUUGAAGAUGUUCUAAAGAACAAACCUGUCGGAGAGAGGAUCAUCAAUGAGUAUGCUCGGACAAAAAGUCUUAACAGACGGCAGGCUGAGCGACAUGGUUAAGAUAUUGGUUGCACAAAUAACAAGUGAACAUGGGACAAGUCCUUCAAGGUGUGUCAAAGAGGACCACGCAAAGGGGAUCAUCAACUUGCUCCCAUACCUGGCUGAUCCAAGGAGCAAGUUUGGUUAUGAACAUUUUUACAAUGCAGAAGAUGGGAGUGGGUAUCUGGCUUGGAGAUUGAAGUUUGUCCAAAAGGAAGCUUCUGAUGGACAAAAGAAGGCCAUGAGACUCAAGAACACAAAUGGGACACUGUCAUAUCCAUCAUAUCCACUGUUACAUCAGCUGAAAGAGACUUGAGGGAGGACAAUCCCCUAAUGACAGACAGCUUGUGUUCUGAGGCCAUUGCACUGAUGAAGCAUACAGCUGAUAAAGGAAUUGUUAUGACGAAGAUGAAGCAGACCUUCAACUAUCGUCAAAAGAUCAUUCAUGAUCCAGUGAAGUCCUCUGAUGUCUUUCUGGCCUUCCCAAGAUUCCUGGACAUACAAGGAUUAAUUGAGCAAGAUUUUACUUUGAUUGAUGAUGCCAUCUCUGCAAAGUUCCUGGAGAAGUGGCCCACAAUUUACAAGCAAAAAGUCCUUGAACAAAGCCGUGGUCUCAGUCAGAUGAUCUGCAGUACCUCGUCCAGACUGCUGAAUCCACAACAGAAGUCGAAAGUGGAUGGGACAGUGACAUGUCGUCCAUUUUGAUCCUUGUGCACCUGCUGCCGCCGUCACCUCAAGGCCGAAAGAGACCAGGAAAGCUCUCCGCCAGACAAGCCAGUGAGAACUUGGCAGUUUGCUUCAAUAGUCUGCAGUAAUUUAUGGAAUUACAGAAAUGAGGAAAAAAAGGGUAGAAACUAAAUACAUAAUUCAAACAAAUAAUUGAGGGGCUAAUCCUGCCUCUCUAGCAUCAGGCCACAUGUUGUCAUCAACAUCACAUCUAAUAUUCUCUCUUGCCACCUGGGGAAGAACCUUCUGGAGGGCCUGAUCCACCUGGCAGUCCUCUGGACUCGUGUCCUCACAUCCGGCACGCAUGGCUUCCAAAAGAGACAUUUGGUCAUGUGGGUGGUGACCAAACACUUGGUUCACGACAUUACAUUACAUGCUCUAUAAGUGUAGCCCUUAUUUCAUCUGGAAUAACAGCUCUUUGUCUUCCUCCACGCAUCCCCCUCUCCCUGCCACCCUUCUCCCUCCACGAACCCGUCUUCCUUGUUCCAUUUCCAAAAUGAGUCUUUCUGAGCUCUACCUAUAUAUAUAUAUGUGUGUGUGUUCACUAACAAGUCUAAAACAAGACACCUGCUUAGCCUUUCAGCUGAAAUUGCAAUCAGCAGUGUUUGAAAGGCACAAGGCUGAAAUGUAUUCCGUUUUGAAUAUGUGGUUCACAGUUUUGACAGCAGUGUGUUAGCAUUUGAACAAAGUGCUGUAGAUCCACAGUGUUGUGCAGGUUGUGGUUAAAGUCAUGGGAUAAGUGUUAGAGUUUUGAAAACUGUUCAAGCAAUGAAAAACAAACUAGAGUUUGGUCCACAUGAACUGCUGCUGUGCAGACUGUAGUUAGAGUUUUGCACAUGUGACUCCAGUUGUGCCCACUGUCGCUUAGCAAACGAAAAAAACUGUAACGCACAAAGACAUUUUAUUUCUCUAAAACCGUGUGGGUGAUGGCACGGUUGAGAAGUGUUCGUCCGAGUCUACAUCCUGGUGUAACAGCAGCUCCUGAUGUUUGGCUCCUCCUCCACUUUGAUGGUCGCGCCUAUGCCGGCAGCUGGCCGUCUGAGCUGGUUCUUCGUUUUGUUUGCUGUGAUUUUUAUUUACUCAUCGCUCGCUGAGAACGGUGCUACAUCUGUGUUAGUGUAUGAUUUCCUUACCUUAUUCAACAUCCGUGCAUCGGUGCUGGGCUCGCUGUCUCAUCGACCCGAACAAUGGAGUUCCCACCGUCACCUGCAUCGUACAAUCCCCGGCGGCAUCUGGAAGCCAUCCUGCAGCUGCACCCGGCCGAGAAAGUCCAGGAGAAGGAGUAGACGGGCUGGAUCCGCGGUGAGGCUCCGGGAACAAUCCAGAGGCCGCUCUCUGUCCUCACUUCACGCCAUCUCCAACGCUGCUGGUCCCUGCAGGAGGCUGUCAUGUCUGCGACCCGUCCUCCCGGCGUCAACAUCACACCUGCCGGCGUUUGCUCCUGUACCCCACCAUCGAGCGCACUCGAGGAUUUCUCCAGUGCCGGGAGGAAACGUUCAUCUCUCGCCCACGAGUGUGACAUUGCUGCCUGCGUGUGAGCGAGCCGGGAGGGAGAGCCGUCCUAGGUGGCUGCAGCCCCUUCCCCGGGCGUCAACCUUCGGCAGAGCUGGUUCGGACCGCAUCGAUAUCGGACUGAUAAAUGCAAGAUCGAUCAAAAAUAAAUCUUUUGUUCUAAAGGACCUCUUUGUUACAAGGCAUCUGGACUUCCUCCACAUCACAGAAAGCUGGCAGAAGUCAGACGAUUUCACCUCGCUGAAUGAACUCUGCCCACAAGACUGCUCCUACUCCUGCGCUCCGAGAGCGUCCGGCUCAGGCGGAGGUCUGGCUACCAUCUACCGGAGCAGUUUUCACUCUCGGACGGUGAACUAUAAAGCCUACUCCUCGUUUGAAAUCCUCAUCAACAAAGUUGGUCGCACAAAUCCUUUCCUCUGCGUCCUUGUCUAUCGUCCCCCCGGCAAAAACAGAUCCUUCCUGGCUGACUUUGGUGACUUUCUGGCAUCCAUUAUCCGCUACGAUAGGAUCCUCAUGCUCGGGACUUUAACAUCCACGUUAACAAGAGCGCGGAUACAUUCGCUGUGGACUUCAUUAACCUUGCGGACUCUUUCAACUUCAUCCAACAUGUGUCUUGUCCGACCCACGAGAAAGGUAAUACACUGGACCUUGUCUUCACUCUCGGGCUAAAUAUUCACAAUGUAUGCAUUGAAGAUAUGCUGUUAUCUGACCACAUGUCCGUAAUGUUCAGUUUAUCUUUCGACAAUGAUUUUGUGCCAGAAAAACGUGUGAAAAUAUCUCUCAUUAUAAAUAACAAAGCUGUAGUGAAUUUCAGAA